CAUAUUCUUGAAAAUGUGUACUCUAUGUAUAUUGCAGGAGACCAGAUACCAUGCCACCACGCGCUAAAGCAAGAGGAAGUAAAGCAAGCCUCAAUGACGCCAGAAAGCCAUCGAGGACAAAGGCAUACAAAAUCCCUCCUCCUCUACCAAGGGGGGAAAUCCUAACAGAUGUAAAGAAGAAACCGUGGAAGAUAGGACCGGGGAUAGGACAGGGAGGAUUUGGGCUUAUCUACUUAGCAUCAGAUGAUACAAGUCACUCAGUGGGGUCAGAUGCUGAAUAUGUCAUGAAAGUUGAGCCAAUCUCAAAUGGGCCAUUAUUCUGUGAACUUCAUUUCUAUCAGAGGGCAGCCAAAGCAGAGACAAUUGAGGACUUCCGGCAGAACAGAAAGCUGAACUACGUUGGAAUCCCAAACUAUGUGACCACUGGCCAACAUAGUCAUAAUGGUGUCGACUACAGAUUUCUUGUGAUGCACAGAUUUGGUACAGAUCUGCAGAAAAUCUUCGAGAGCUCUGGGAAGCUCUUCUCCAAGAAGACAGUGUUUUGCUUAGGCCUAAGACUGCUAGAUGCUUUGGAGUACAUGCAUACUAAUGAUUAUGUACAUGCUGACAUCAAGGCCGCCAACAUACUGCUGGGAUGUAAACGGGGAUGUGUCAAUCCAAAUGAGGUAUACUUGGUAGAUUUUGGCUUGGCCUACAGAUAUCAUGUAGAUGGCAAACACAAGGAUUACAAAGAAGAUCCACGGCGGGUCCAUGAUGGUACGAUUGAGUUUACCAGCAGAGAUGCACACAGGGGUGUGGUGCCGGCCAGAAGAGGGGACCUGGAAAUCCUGGGCUACUGUCUCCUACAGUGGCUGUGUAGUCGCCUACCCUGGGAAGACAAUUUGGAGGAUAAAGACUACGUCAGCGACUCUAAACACAGGUACAUGGAUAACGUGGACUUACUGAUGAAGACAUGUUUCCCAGCAGGAGAUGGGCCAGCUGAGCUCAAGCAGUACUUGAAAUAUGUGUCAGCGUUGAAAUAUGCAGAAAAACCAGACUACAAUAAACUACGAAAAAUGCUACGUACUGGUUUAGGGAAAAAAGGAGAUGAAUGGACAUUAGACUUGGAUGUAAACAGUACGCGACAAAAGCCCAUAGAACAAAAGAAGGCAAGAAAGAGAAAAAGUUCAGAAAAUCCAGGCAGCAGUCAGCCUAAAGUUGCCAAGGAAUCACCACAAGACGUGCAAGAGCCAUUGACACCAGCUAUGCGCGAGAGACUGGCCAAAAUGCGAAAUGGGUCCUCCUUAUCGCUUCCCAAGUCACUGGCUUGUGAUUCAGCAGCUGUGGGUGCCUCUGGGCGGAGUUCCUCCAAUAACAGCCUGGGGUCACAGAGAGCACGGAAAGCUGGCAGGAUCGCCCUUGUACAAGCUGGAGAGACAGAUCAGGACGUGUCAAAAGCCUCCACAUCCUGUUCAACGGGAAGAAGACGGGUGAAGAGGACCAAGGCAGUGACAACUGACAUGGCUGUACAGACUUCCCCAGCUAUCGGACGUAAACGCAGAUAACCAAUCAGUAGCUAGUGUCUGUAUACCUGCAAUAGUACUUCAUGCAAGAAGUCAAGAACUGCAUCAACCUUUAUCCACCUGUACAUGAAGCUGGGUUCACACAGAGUGAUGUAUGGCAUUGACUCAUCAAAUGAAGAUAGGACAAAUUCUAUUUUGCAAACUGUAUUCACAUGGUGUAACUUCUUGCAUUUCUCUUUUUUCAUUCAACAAGUCUAUACCACAAAUGCUGCUGUGUGAAUAAGGAUUUGCCAAAUUCUAAAGGUGGAUUGAAAAAAAGGACAAGUGCUAUUUCAUAAGCUACAUGCAGAGAAUACCAUUUGGUCAAUGCCACAAUGAUAACUUAUGAAAUUGCAUCAAUUGAACUGGUGGAAUUUGACAGGUUGACUUGAUCAGUGCACACUGUCAACAGGGUUUUACAUAAGCCGAUCACAUACCUAGAUUCUUUAAAUAUAUUUACAUGUUUAAGGAGAUUUUAGAUAUAGUUUCAUACAUUAAGACAGAUGUAAACACAACAAAUGAAGUGUCAGAUUCCACCAAGUAAUAUGUUCUAGUCUACUUUUAUAAAGUUAUGACGGAGAUUUGUAGAAGAGAAGUAGAUAAUACUAGGGUUCAUUUGUGUAUAUUUUGUGAGGUUUUAUCUUGCUGUGCAUAAGCCGUCCAGGCAAAUGUAAAUCAAUGCUUUGUACUUAAGGUAUUAUUUUACUAUCAUUUCUAUAUGAAUUACCUCUCAUUGUCUUUCAGUUUUGCUGAUAAUCUUGAAGAAACACAUUCCGCUGUAUCACUUGUAAAUAAUUCUAAUGAAAAUCGAAAUUCAAGAGAACUUUGCCAAGGAAAGUGCUUGUUUGUUCUCUUCUUCGGUUAUGUAAUAGGUGACCUUUUGUACCAGUGUGCUAGUGAAAAAUCCCAUUGCCACAUCACAUCAGAACAUGAUAUGCCCUGGUGAGCCAAAUGAACCUAUUCCUCAGAAACAGUAAAAAACUUUUUGUGUACAAUCAAUGUCUUGA